AUGUCAACUCCUCCUCCACCAUCAGAUCGCGGCCAUCUGGACUCGAAGCCAAACGCCGAGAGCAGCGGCAGCACGAUGCGCCAGCUGCGAAGCAGGACCAGGGCCAGCGACGUGGCUCACCCGGCCGCCUUUGACGUCGAUGCCGUCGACAACCUCCUACUCAGAGAGCUGCAGCACCCUCAAAGAGAAAGCACUCCAGGAGCCAGUCCGCAUCGCAAACGCCAGCGAAUAAACGGCGAUCGUUUCAUCCCUACUCGCACUGGCCAAGACUUGCAGGCCAGCUUUAGUCUUUUACAUGAAGACGCAUCUCCCGCCACUCCGUCAAGGCAUAAGAAGAGGACGCCGCAAGGUGAACUUCAUUUCCAGAAGACCGAAGAAGCUAACCGCACCUACUCAACGCUGUUGCGUGCGGAGCUGUUUGAGGGAUCAGUACCUCAACUGACGCCCGCUCUGUCGCCAGACAACAACCUGCCAGCCUCAUCGCUUGUCGCCGUUCAGGAUGGCACGCGAUCUCACACUCCUCCCAGUCACAGCUCUGCAGUAACCCUUCCCUCAUCGCUGACCCCGUCAACUCCUCACAAGAACCUCUUCUCAUAUCUCUCACCACGCCAUCAUGGCCACCCCGUGGGCCACCUCACCCCCUCCAAAACCCCCCAGAGCCGGCAUGGCCCAAACUUGGACACAAGAGCAGAGAUCUACAGCCUCUCCCCCGUGCGUCUUAACAGCCAGCAGAUGCUCCUGAGUCCGCGUCGCCAGCCUCGGGCGGUCAGCAAGGUCCCCUACAAGGUCCUUGAUGCGCCCGAGCUGGCUGAUGACUUCUACCUCAAUCUCGUGGAUUGGGGGAGUGCCAAUGUUCUGGGGGUCGGGCUCGGAUCCAGCGUGUACAUGUGGAAUGCCCAGACUAGCAAGGUCAACAAGCUGUGCACGUUGGAGGACGACACCGUGACGAGCGUAUCUUGGAUACAAAAGGGCACACAUCUGGCCAUUGGGACCGGCAAGGGUCUCGUCCAGAUUUGGGAUGCCGAGAAGGCCAGGAGAUUAAGAACCAUGACUGGACACACGGCCCGCGUCGGAUCGCUGGCGUGGAACUCACAUAUCCUUACCUCUGGCUCGCGCGAUCGACUGAUCUACCACCGAGACGUUCGAGCACCAGACCAGUGGCUCCACAAGCUCGUUGGGCACAAGCAAGAAGUCUGCGGUCUCAAGUGGAACUGCGAGGAUGGGCAGCUGGCCAGCGGCGGCAACGACAACAAGCUGAUGGUCUGGGAUAAGCUCUCGGACACGCCGCUGUGGAAAUUCUCGGACCACAACGCUGCCGUCAAGGCCAUCGCCUGGUCGCCUCAUCAGCGAGGCCUGCUUGCCUCGGGCGGCGGCACGGCCGACAGGCGCAUCAUCUUCCACGACACUGUCAAGGGGACCGUUGUCAACGAAAUCGACACGGGCAGCCAGGUCUGCAACCUUGCCUGGUCCAAGAACUCGAACGAGAUUGUCUCGACACACGGCUACAGCCAGAACCAGAUCGUUGUGUGGAAGUACCCGUCAAUGACGCAAGUAGCCAGCUUGACGGGCCAUACAUACCGCGUUCUGUACCUGGCCAUGAGCCCCGACGGGCGUGUCAUUGUGACGGGAGCCGGCGACGAAACCCUGCGCUUCUGGUCAGUCUUUGGCCGACGGCCAGGCACUCGCGAGGAUGGCGAGACAGGAGGUGGCAAGUUCGCCGACUGGGGGAUCAUCCGAUGA